UGUGUUUAGUAGGCGUGACAAGUAUGUAUAAAUGCAACACGCCGCAGCUUCAGGUACAAGAACUCCUGCAUCCGAAUUCUUGGCACUUGCACUAAAUCACAGGUCCCCAACCAAAAAUAAGGCUAGAGGAAGCAUGGUUAAAAAUAUCGCACUGAUCCUGGUCAUCCUGUGCCUCGCGCAGCUGCUCCUUGUAGCGGAAUGCGAGAAGCAGGAGAGUGGGAAGAGGCGGAAGAAGGAAGGCAAGGAUAAAACCCGAAGCGACGGUGAAGGGGGGUCCCGUCCAGAAAAGCACGAGGCAGGACCAAAAGAAAAGAAGGAGAGAGGACAGAAAUCAUCCAUGCAGGGCAAGUUUACCACUAAGGAUAAGGCGCAGUGCACAUGGUCAGUGGCUGAGGGAGACACAUUUAGCCUGAGGGUGAACUGCAAAAAGAGCGAGGAGAGCUACGCCUGUGAAUACGUGGGAAGACCUUCAGCCUGUACUCAGUAUGCUUCCAAUUCGAAAUCCUACUGGAAACAGAUUUCAAGAGCCCUGAAAAAGCAGAAGAACCUGUGCAAGGAUGCGUCGUCUGUGUUGAAGGCGGACAUGUGCAAGAAAGCGCCCGGAGACGCGCACUUUACGCUUAGUGAACAUUCCCUGUCAACUGCAAAGCAGAACACGCCCCCGACUGUGCCGGAGAACGCCCCAGCACCAGCGGUAACCCCGAAAGGGAACAACUGCACGGAGAGCAUAGACCAGAAGAAGUUAGCUGAAGAGUACUGCAGUGGAUCGUGGAGCUCACUAUGCACUUUCUUUAUCUCCAUGGUACAGGACUGCUGAGAGUCUUAUUUUAUUAGGCCUGUUGUAUAUAAAUAGCCCACUGACAGAGGCACUUCUGUGAUUCCUUUAUAUCGUAAUAUAAAAUAUAUUCAAGUCACAUAGUCAUAGAUAAACACAGUUUAAACAAACAAACAAAAAAGUACAUAUAUAUGUAUGAACCCUAAAACUGUCUUGGAAAAGUUAUAUGUUCUGUUGAUAGCACUAAUAAAAGUGCACAGUUUUCUAAUUAUGUACCUCCCUAAUUGAUUUUUAAUUUAAUGGUUGCCAUGUAUUUCGUAUUUUAAUGUGGUCGAACUAUUCUGUCCAGUUAAGUUGUAUAAUGCUAAUAAAUAAACUUAGUUUUUAUA